CACUUUCAUCUGUAUCUGUAUGUAUAAAUUGUAGACUAAAUAUUUUUUGUCAAUCCGCGAAAAUCGUCGUAAAAAAAUGUAAUUUCCAAAAAAGAUAUGUUAUCCCAUGGAUUAUAUUCCACGUGUGUAUUUCGAUCUCCGAUCAAACAAUAACCUCCAAACUCAGUAAUUACUUGGGGACCCACGAUCCGUAGCAUAAAGAAAAACUCACAAUUCACAUCAACGGGAAAUCCGCGAUCGACAGAGCAAAUCAAUAAGCAGAAUUACACAACUUGCCGAUGCAAUGGCAGAUAGAGAAAACAUAGCGCACGACUUAGUGCGGCAAAAGGACUAUACGAAUGCAAUACAUGAAUACGAUUCAAUUAUCAGUUCAGCCACAACAAAUUUCAAAACGCCAAAGGAUCAAAUUAUUGGUUGUUUGUAUGGCCGAACGGAAUGUUACUUACAAUUGAAAAACUACGAUGCGGCUGUGGCUGACUGUAAGCGUUUACUGAAGGUAUCUACGAAUGCCGAGCUUACCGAUGUGAGCAGUACGAAAUUUCGCAUUAGAAUAAGGCUAGUUCACGCUCUGUACAAACUGAAACGUUUUCAAGAAGCCGACACGGCGUUGCGUGAAUGGAUUAGUUGUCCGUUGGGUGCGGAUGUGCUGAAAUUUUUAGACCGUUACAAAACAGUGAUACAAAUGUUGAGCAGCCACAAAAGUAAUGCAAAAUCAACCAUUCAACGGCUUGAUGAUGAAUUGGCUACGAUCGACAACAAACUGGAAACAUGGGCCACUCACAACCUUCCACAGGACAAAUUUAGUCGUAUCAUCAAACAGUUUCCAACCAAUAAUCAUACAACAAAUAAAAAAGGACUCGCCUCCGAGUCCAAGUCGAAGGAUAAAUUAGACAACCAAUUGCACAAGAAUGUGGAACAAGUUUCCAACCUAACAAUCAACGGUGAUGACAGUGAUGUGAUAACGUGUACAUAUUGUGCGGUAAACUUUGCAGAUAGAACCGAGCUGCGAGCUCAUUGCCAAACGGAAAGUCAUCAAAAUGUUAUCAUGUCCGAUGAAGGUCGCGACUGGAAAUGGAGGCCUCCGCCUCGUGGUUACACUGCCGAUUCCUACAACUUGUGCGAAAGUUUCAGCGACAACUCAGUCUGUCACUAUGGCAAUCAAUGUGUCGAAGCCCAUGGUAGCGAAGAACUUAACGAAUGGAAGGAACGACUUGAGUACAGAAAAAUGCGAUUACAGCGAGCAUGUGAAAAGGAACUGUACGGCAAGAGUUACACCGAGCAAAUACUGGAAAGAUGGAUAUCAGCGCCGAGUCCUGACAAAAUAAUGAAAGAGAAAAUCGAUGGCGUCGAUGAGACCUGUUCCAAUGAAUUAGUAACGACGGUUUCGUCGAAGGUGUCGAAGCGUGACUGGACGUUUGUGUUCAAAACGCGUUUCCCGUUAAAGGCUGUUGCUCUUCUCCAGGAUGCCCAUCGAAAUCAUUUUGUGCUGAAGCAAGUCUUUCCUGCCGAACCGAGACAGUCCAAACGAGGACAAACAUCGAGUAAUAAAGUGGUUGAGGCUGAAUUGUCAUCUGACCAGGAAUGGGUUGUUCAAAAUACCGACUCCCGAUUUACAGAAACAGAUUUUUCACCCAUGCUCGAACACAGAGUGAAAGUGGUUUUUUCAACCGACAUUUAUGGUACCUUCAGGCAAGCAGUUGUCUUCGACUUCGGCACCGAACCAGUUUUAGUGAAACAUUUGUGCGUGGAUGUGAUUCCUGUCGAUUCGGCGGAUAAAAUUCAAGAAAUCAGAAAGGAAAUGGUUAUAUCCACGUCGAAGCGAUGGGAUAAAGAAAAUUCGAUCAUUGCACCAUUUGAGACCAUUCUAGGACCUCACUUAGCCACACCUGAACAUUUAGCCGAUGAAGAACGUGAAAAGGAUUUGCUGGAACGUUACCCAUGUCCUCGAGCGUCGACAUUCACGCUAACACAAUCGACAAUUACUGAAAAGAAAUUGACGAAGAACAACUAUCGGUCACGGAUGCAUGAAUUGCUCUAUGUCGAAGAAAUAGCACGGUACGAGCAAGUCGCCAGAUACAACCUAACCACGAACCUACGAAUCACGUCUAACUACUUAUUGACUCCAAGUGGUAUGGCAACCAGCACAGCAAAGUAUUCGCAUUCUGGGGAACUAUUUGCCAUGAUGUCACUAGGAAAGGAUGUGUCUGAGGACACAUCCGCUGGUCGUUUAAUUUUAAACAAUUGUACGAGUGUCUACUUAGCUAAUUCAGACUACACACCGUCGUCUGAUGAUGAAAAACGACAUGUUUACGAAGCAGAAAUCGAGGACAAGGGCAAAACCGUGAUUUAUUUAAAACUGUCGGCCCGCUGCGUUUCUGAACUUAAACUGGCUAGUGAUAUGGAAUACUCGGCUGACAUCCAAUUUCAGUUGAAUCGACUAUCGUACUGUGAAUGGCAUCAGGCGCUCGACAAAAUAGCCGACUUUCGAAUGAUCUUCCCCGAAAUUUUUCUGGAGCCAAGUAUUCCGUGGACGCCGAAAAAGCAAUGGGCCGAUAUGAUUGAUCCCAAAUUGAAUUCAAAGCAAAAAGAGGCAGUACUGGCUGUGACGACACCAUCUCAUAUGCCACUACCACCGAUUUUGUUGAUUGGUCCAUUCGGAACGGGCAAGACAUAUACACUGGCGAGUUCUAUCAAGCAGCUGCUGUUACAAGACGAUUCGAGAAUAUUGAUAUGCACGCACUCGAAUUCAGCGGCUGACUUAUACAUUAAAGACUAUUUGCAUCCAUGGGUCGAGGAUGGCUGUGAGGAGGCGCGACCUUUGCGAGUGUACUAUCAUAAACGAUGGGUUGCAACGGUCAAUACGAUUGUACAGAAGUAUUGCUUAAUUGAGCUGGCUGGAAAUGUUCGUAACUUUCGCAGACCGUCAAAAGAAGACAUUAUGAAAUAUCGCAUUGUGGUUGUAACCCUCAACAUUUCCAUGGAACUGGCAUCGUUAGAGUUACCGAAAGGUUAUUUCACUCACAUAUUCCUUGACGAAGCUGCUCAAGCGAUGGAAUGUGAAGCAAUCAUGCCGUUGGCAUUAGCUGGUGAUACAACACGAAUAGUACUUGCUGGUGAUCACAUGCAAAUGAGUCCCGAACUAUUUUCCAACUUUGCUAAGGAAAGAAAACUGCAUAUUUCACUGUUGGAGCGACUGUAUGAUCACUAUCCGUCGGAUUUUCCGUGCAAAAUUUUGUUAUGCGAAAAUUACCGAGCCCAUGAAGCAAUCACAAAAUUUACGUCUGAGUUGUUCUACGAUCAGAAGCUGAUUGCGUCCGGGAAACAACCGAAACACGACAAAUUUUAUCCGUUAACGUUCUUUACGACCAGGGGUGAAGAUGUACAGGACAAGAAUUCCACUGCAUUUUACAAUAAUUCGGAAGUUUACGAAGUCGUUGAACGGGUCUGUGAAUUAAAGAAGAAGUGGCCAUCGGCUUGGGGUAAAAUCAGUGACCAGAGCAUCGGCAUAAUGACACCAUAUGCUGAUCAAGUGUUUCGAAUAAGAUCGGAGCUCCGUAAACGUCGAAUGGGUGGAAUAUCCGUAGAGAGAGUGCUAAAUGUGCAGGGUAAACAAUUCAGAGCAAUUUUCUUGUCAACAGUGCGCACGCGAAGAACAUGUGCCGGUGUUGGUGGAGGAAGUCAAUCGGAUGAUAUGGAUUACGGAUUUCUGAGUAACUCAAAGUUAUUGAACACUGCGAUAACUCGGGCUCAGAGUCUGGUCGCUGUGGUGGGAGAUCCGCUAGCAUUAUGUUCAAUUGGACGGUGUAGGAAAGUGUGGGAAAGAUUCAUUGAAAUUUGCUACCAGAAUAAGAGCUUGUACGGCAUUACAUGGAGUUUGUUGCGAUCGCAGUUGGACGGAGUUGAGUUGAAGAAAACGUACGUUCUUAACCCAUUGGCUCCAGAGUUCGUGCCACGAGCACACCAAGCAGAGGCUUAUUUACGUGAUCAACAAUCUAGUUUAACCGUACAGCAACAACAACAACAGUACCAGCACCAUCAACAGCAGUACCACCAUCAACAAUCUCAGCAAUACCAGUUGCCCCUGCAUCACAUAGGUCAUUUUCCGCCACAAAAUGUAUUGAAUCAACAAAUUAGGGCGCUCACCAAUCCCCCACAAAUGCCACCGUACGCGGGGCCAAAUAUAAACACACAGCAAAACAACUCAACGCAACAGUUUCCUUAUAGUUUCUAUCAAAUUCAACAACAACAGGCCCAUCAGCAUCCUCAUGCUCAGCAGCCACCGAUUAUUCGUGCUCCACAACAGCAACAAAUUCAACAAAUACAGCCACAUCCUUCAUCGAACCAAUCCAAUUUAUGGGGUCCCUCGUCCUUCGGUCCAAAUGCUCCGAAUCCGUGGCCAAAGCCAACAUCCCAAACAUCCCAGCGACCACAGCAAUCGACGUCACAGCAACCAUUGCAUUUAAAUCUGUCACAGACUAGACAGCAAAUUGCGUCUCUGCGUAGUCCUGGCUCCCAAAAUAUUCAUUCACAGAUGUCUUUUAUGCAAAACAAUAAACCACCACCUCCUUACUUAGUGCCGCAACAGCAAAAUCAUCUGCGCAAUUUAGGCGAUACAAUCAGUCCUGGUUCUGCGUCAUCGAUGAUACCUGGUCAGUUGCAGUCACAGGAUCAUGUAUCUCCGUUAACCACAGAUAUGCUGGUAUCGAUUGCGGCUCGGGCGAAUCAAGUACACCAGCAAAAUGCUUACACCGCAGCGAUAUCGAAAAAUCAGCAGCGACCGAUGGACCAACAGAGUAUGCAUAUGGACAAGGAAUUACAGUUCCUUCAGAACGUGCACAUUCCCGAUCGUUUGAUUCAUCAUCCACAAGCACAAAUGGGAGGACUACCAAUGCCUGCAUCAAAUCCCGACUUUAGCAACUUACUUCCUCCGAACAUGAGCUUCUAUGACAUGGCAAUGGAACCGAAAGAAAGUCAAGUCAACUGGUUUAUGAAACUCGUCGAAACGCAAGGCUUCGAUGUGGCGCAAAGGUUUGCAGACGCAUUACGUCAGGUACCAACAACGAUGGCACAAAACAAGUUGAAUGCAAACCGAAUCGAACAGGCGCUUCAACCAAUGCCGAAUGUCCAAGGCUACGGUCCACUGCAAGACCUAACGUUCGACUCGAUGAUGACAAAUGCAUCAAUGUCUCAGACACUGCUGAGCGAUUUGCUAGGAACGAAAGACUUACCAUUGCAUCAACAGCCUCAAAAGCCCAGUCAACAUUUGUCCCAAUUCCAACCGAAUUCCAAACUCCAUCCAAUGUCUCUGGCAUCGACGAAUCGAAACUCGACGCUGUUGAAUGAACUAGGCGGAUUCAGAAUGAGCGAUUCCCAACAUCAUCAUCAUCAACAGCACCAGCAAUCGCAGCAGCAGCAGCAACAACAACAGCCACAGCACCAGCAACCGCAGCAAUCGGUGCCUUUGUACCGACGACAAGCAGGCCAACAAAACUUUGGAAGCACUGGAUCGUCAUCCUCCAAUAACCAUACAGUUGGGUCGUCAAAUCCAGACUCUAUAGACAGCAACAUUUUCGACAAUUUAUUCAACCAUCACGACGAUCAAUUUCAUGGAAUUUUACCGUUGCACACUCUUGGCUCCGGUCUUCAACAAAAUUCGUUUCAUCUCAAUCUCAAUCACGGUCAAAAUCAACACCACCAUCAACAACACCAUCAUCAUCUCCAUCAACAACAGCACCGUGACGAUAUGUUAAAUCGACAUAACAAUAGUGGCACUACGACAUACGCCAGCGUACUAACCCAAGGUACGAAUCAAAAUCUGGCCAAUUUAACUAAACAACAGCAGCAGCAACAACAACAGCAACAAUCUUCGAACGAAGAAAAGGAUCCAUUCGCUGCUAUCCGCGAACUGGGUCAAAGAAGUAACGGUUAUUAUAAUUAUUUUCAGUGAAUGAAAAUUAGAUAUUAAUGCUAUCCAGAAUAUUAAAGUAGAAAACUUAAUCGUAAGAAAAUUCGGAAAGUUUUAAUUGUAAAAAUAAUUUAAAAAAAAAACUUUUUCUUUAUUCCGAAGGUGUAUUACGCGGUUGCAUCCAUCAAAAUAUCUGUAUGAAAAGAGCACGAAAAUAUUUUUUUCAAAUGGAAAAUAAAUUGUGCACACGCAACCCAAUCAGUCUUUGGAAUAAAAUUUAAGUAAAAAAAGCACUCGUAACGCAGAAAAAUGUUCGAGAUUAAAAAAAAUUGAUUAAAAUCUGUUUGAAAAAUCAAAAAAAGUCUUGUCUAUGUUUUAUUAAUAAAAAAGAAAAGAAAAAGUAAUAAACUAAAAAUAUGUAUAUUUAACACCGUAUGCUGUAAUGUAACAUAAAAAUAAAUUUGUCACAAUAAG